AUGGAACUCGACAUCGACAUUCCGUUUGGAGAGCUGUACAAACAAGGUGACGUGAAACGCAUUCUACAAGAGCUCUAUCAGCACGUUGGCACAAGGAAUGAUGCCCAAGCCUGGGCCCGUAAUCUGCGUUUUCUUACUCCUACCUCUUUACAGAAUACAGACACUUCAGAAGAUCGCCGCAGCUCCGACGAAACAGAAGAUGUAUGUGUCUGUAAUUCCCGAUCGCCAUCGACGUUCAACGCCAUAGCUCCAGGCCCGCAGGGUCUACUCCACGUCACAAAACCGUCCCAGCUAAUUGACUGCACCCACUACGUUGCUGUAUCGUGGGUCUGGCGAAGCGGCGUGCCGCCCCAUGGCGCGGUGGGCGCUUGCGAGCAGUAUGUCGUCGCCGAUGAAGAUCGAGAGUGCUGGAUCCCUCAGCACGUACUCUCACGUGCCAUCAGCUUCGCUGCGCAUUACGAGUUGUCCUUUAUCUGGUUCGACAAGGAGUGCAUUGAUCAGGACACUCCGGAGGACAAGGAACUGGGUAUCCAAGCCAUGGACAUCGUGUAUCAGCGCAGCCUCUACCCGCUGGCGCUCCUGCAGGCCUACAUCGCAACGCAGCGGCAGCUAGAUCUGUUCUGCCGGUUGGUCGAAGGCGUCGAUAUCCCAGCCGAGGACCUUCCUGCCCUGCUGGAAGUGCUUCAGCUUAUCGAGACCGACAAGUAUUUCACACGGACCUGGUGUCUGCAGGAAUCGACGUCCGGUGGCUUCGAGAUGCAUGUGCUCAUCCCGCACGAUCCCAGCCUGUCCAAGUCCGACAUCCUCGGCACCCUCCCGGGCGAGAUCGAGACGAGUAUCUCCACCCUGAUAUACGCUGUGAACUUUGCGUAUGCGUGUGUGUCACUCUGCGACGAGUCAAUCAACGCCGCUCUCGAGUCUGCUCUCUACCGGACGAUCGACCGGAUCCUAUCAUUUGUCCCUCUCGUCAUCGAUCAACCCACCAGCGGCUUCGACGACCCGGAGUACAGGCAGGCAUGCAACGCUGCCCAGGCCCUGACAUUCUUACACCAGCGGGACAACCAUCGCGUCGCCGAUCGCAUAGCUGUUCUGGGCAACUUGUGCGACUACAGACUGCGACUGGACACGAACGCGAUCGAGGCCGCUGGGUACGGGUUCAGCAUCUGCGCCUUUGCCCUGGCAAUCUUCAACGGCGACUUGUCCCUCUCGCAAUCUGACAAUCCUGUCGGAGCAGGCGUCUUGGACUACUCGUGGGGCCCGCAGACAGGCCUGCGACUCUCACAGCUGGAGCAUUUCGAAGAUGAUAAUCUCGUGGUGCGGGCUGCGCCAGCAGCGCUCACAGAGGAUGGGCUGCUGGUGAAAGGGUGGUUGUGGAAGCUCGAGGAAAUCAAACCAAACAUUCCUUCGUCUGGCGACCCGGCUCUCUUGAUAUGGAGCUUCCUGAAGUAUUUGCUGCGUAGCAAGUACACUGAUCUUGCACAGGUCGUGUGGAGGUUCACGAAGGAACACCGGUUCGGGGCCUCGGCAGAGAAGACAGUGCGAGAUAACACAUUGGUGCCGCCCAGGUUGGCGGAUGUGCUGGAUCAGGAUGGCAACCUGACAUACCAGGACAGCGAAUGGAUGAGGCACGAGGACGACUUCCGCAACUUCCUAGAGCCAACCGGCAGCGGCUCGAAAGACACGCGGACGGUCGACCAGAGGGAGUUCGACAGGCGGUGGGACUAUAGCCGCUGGUUCUGGACACGGAUCAAGAACGGCAGCAUCGCUCUGGCCAGACACGAGCAGGAAACCGCGCCGUCAGCAGUAUUUGAUGCGCCAAUCUCGGCUUCUUCGACUUACGUGUUCCAGCCAGCAACGGUGCUCGACCAACAACUGGCCACGACACAGCGACGGAACGCGCCCAUUUUCUGGGUCGUUGACCUGCUCAGCGAGGGUGGUGGCGAGGGCAGACCGAAGAUUGUGAAAGGCACCGGGCAAAUGUGCAAUGGCUACUACAUGAUCCCUGACGGGCAGAGCCCGGAAACGUUUGUCUUCUGCUAG